AGAGACGCCGCGCCGGCAGAAAGAAGCAGAAUGUCAUCAAAAGGGACUUCAGCCACCUCCCAGAAGAAAGGAAAGCCGAGCAAGGCAGAGAAACUGAGGCUACAAAAAGAAGAGGAAGAGCGGAAACAGAGGGAGGAAGAAGAAGCUCGAUUACUGGCAGAGCAGAUUGAGGCCGCUCGCCUGGAGAAAGAACGUCUGGAGAGGGAAGCGAUUGAGCUCCUAGAGGCGAAGCAACUAGAGCACCGCGAGGAGGAACUAGGAGAAUAUCGUCUGCUGAUUGAUGAGAAGCUGGAGGCCGCAGCUCACUGGAAGAGGGACCUGCGCACACGAGCUAAGUGGGAUCGCUACAUGCUCUGUGACGGUAGUCCAGAUCCUUCUGUAUGCCAGGAAAUCAACAGCUUCAUGAGCCUAUGGAGUAAAGAGACAAAAGAAGACUUCCAGUCAGUGCUGAACAAGAGCAAUCUGAUCCUCAGUUUGAUUGAAGAGUUGGAGUUCCUCCUUCAUGACACUCCUACUGAGGAUCUGGCAGAGAGUGAUGCUGCACAGUACACCCAGACAGUCCAGGAGCUGCAGAGUCUAUUGCAACAAAAAUUUGAUGAUGCCACUGAGCAUCUCCUGAAGAAUGCAGCAUCUCUGUCUGACAUCGACACGGGAAAUAUGCAGAAGGUCAUAACAAAUAAAAAUGUCAAACUAUGUAUUUGGGCUAAUCUUAACAAGAACCCAAGGUUCAGAGGUUACAAAUUUGAGGAAGAAGGCAUCUCUUUUGACUUGCCAAAACCACUAGCAUUAAGCAACAUCGCGGUCCGUAUCCUGCACACCAGCUACGACCACCUGUCCUGUCAGAGUCCUACCUUUCUGCCGCACAUUAAGGAGACCGAGGAGAACAAGGCUGCUGAGACCAUGAGACCAGACAGUGGGGUUGAGGAAUGGAAACCAACUGAUGAGGAGGUGGAGGAAAAAUCAGAGCCAGGAAAUGUUGCUACAAUGGAGGACGAAGUGCAGUCUGAGGGGAGAAAGAGUACCCUCAGCUCCAUGUCUCAGAGAGAAAACACUGAGAAUGGAGCUGAGCUCCAGGAGAAGAACGUCAUUGAGGCUGACCAGACAACAGAGAGCCAGCUUGGGGACCUAACAGAAGGUCAGUCACCAUCGCCUGUCCAAAACCAGCUGACCCCCGACGACAUACUGGAGGAUGAUGUAGUGGAUCUCCGUCAGUUCCUGAGUUUGGGUGGAGUUUACUAUUUUGAUGUCCUGGUGCUGCCCCCUCAGUGUAAGCAA